CAAACAGGAGGAAUUACUGCAGGAGAAACGACUGACAUACUAUAGUAAAGAUGGAGAUUAAAGAAGAAACCUGCAGAAUAAAGGAGGAAGAGACGGAGGAACGAAUAGGUGAAGAUGGCAAUGCAGUCUGUUCACAGACUGAAAACACAAUACCUCAAAAGCUGUCAGGAGAAACCGGAGCGCAAAGAUCCUUCAUCUGCUGCGAGUGUGGAAAGAGUUACAAACAUAAAUCAAGUUUUUACCGACACAAAAUAUUUCACUCUGGAGGAAACCCAUUCACCUGCGCCGAAUGUGGAAAGACGUUCACAGAGAAAGAAACGCUGAAAUCACACAUGAGGAUUCACACCGGAGAAAAACCAUUUGUAUGUACUCGGUGUAAACAAAGUUACACGUGUAACAAAGACCUUAAGGUGCACAUGAGGAUUCACACUGGAGAAAAGCCGUAUACGUGCACUCAGUGUGGGAAGAGUUUCACAUCUAAAAGAGUUCUCAAAGGACAUCAGCUCAUUCACACCGGAGUGAAGCCGUUCAGCUGCGAUCAGUGCGAGAAAUCGUUUGUUUGUUCAUCAAACUUAAGAUUACACCUCAACGUUCACUCUGGAUUGAAGCCUCAUGUUUGUUCUGUUUGUGCAAAGAGUUUUUCAUAUCUGCAAAAGCUAAAAGAGCACGAGCUUAUUCACACUGGAGAGAAACUUCAUGUGUGCUCAGACUGCGGGAAGAGCUUCACCGCAUCAAGCAACUUAAAAACACACCAGAGGAUUCACACUGGAGAGAAACCGUAUCAGUGUUCACACUGUGGGAAGAGUUUCACUCAUUCAACAGUCUUAAAAGUUCACCAGAGGAUUCACACUGGAGAAAAACCCUAUCAGUGCUCGUCAUGUGGGACGACUUUCACUCGUUUAUCAUCCUUAAAAGUUCAUCAGAGAGUUCAUAGUGGAGAAAAGCUGCACUAGUGCUGUU